AUGGUGGGCUCAUUUUUCCGUGUGUCUAGCAGGGCCCUCCUCUUACUCUCUCUCCAUGCCCUCAUGAUCCGCUUCAUGCACGAAGGUUAUACUUAUGGAGCAAAAGGGAAGAUUGCAAGCUACACCGUGUCGCUUAGCUCUCUCUUGCCUUCUCCUUCUUGCUCACCUUCCACUACCAAAGCUAGCAACCAGAAGUCAACCUUGGAGCUAAUUCACAAGCAUGGCCCAUGCUCUCAGCUUGUUCAAGACCCCCAUCCUCUAAAUCACACCAAAAUCCUGCUCCAAGAUGAAUCAAGGGUCAGGUGGAUUCAAUUCCAAUCCUCCAACAGCAGCCACGUCCUAAAAGCUUCGGCAGCAGCCCAUCUUCGAGCAAAGUCCGACAUCACCGUUGGCACCGGCAACUACUUAGUGACGAUCGGACUCGGCACACCAAAAAAGGACCUCACUCUCAUUUUUGACACCGGCAGCCCUCUCACGUGGACCCGGUGCAAGCCGUGUGUGGGAUCUUGCUACACUCAAUCCGACCCGAUCUUUAACCCGUCGCACUCGUCACCCUAUGAUAAUAUCUCGUGCACCUCGACAUCAUGCUCUCACCUUGGCUCGAUCGGUAUUUCGCGAUGUAGCGGGUCGACAUGUCUAUAUUCAAUCCAAUAUGGCGACAAUUCGUCUUCAGUUGGCUUCUUCGCAACCGAGAAGUUGACAAUAUCACCGACGGAGGUGAUUGACAAUUUUGAAUUCGGCUGCAGUGAGAACAACCAAGGCCUCUUCGGCAGAGCCGCAGGAUUGAUUGGACUGUCGGACGAUAAUAUCUCCAUUGUGGAACAAACCGCGGACAAAUAUGGCAAGUAUUUCUCCUACUGCUUGCCCUCUUCCACUAGCUCCACGGGACACCCGACUUUCGGCAAGGAGGGCGGAGCGCCGAGCUCGGUUAGCUUCACACCAUUAUCGAGGGUCCAACAAAGCUCGCAAUUCUAUGGAAUAAGUAUUGUAGGAAUCAGUGUAGAAGGAAAUCUUCUAUCCAUACCAUCUAUGGUUUUUUCAAAUGGAGGUACCAUCAUUGACUCGGAACCUGUCAUUACCCGAUUGCCUCCGACAGUUUAUAGAGCCUUGAGAACCGCAUUCAGGAAAGCAAUGGCGAAUUAUACGAGGGCGCCAACAGUUUCCCUCUUCGAUACUUGCUAUGACUUCAGCAAAGAGAGCACGGUCGCGAUCCCAUCGAUAAUGUUCUCUUUCGCUGGGGGAGUCGACCUCGAUUUGGACCCUAGCAGGAUAUUUUACGUCGUGAAGGCCUUGCAAGUUUGCCUAGCGUUUGCAGCGAAUGGCGCCGAUAGUGAUCCGGUCAUUUAUGUUAAUGCACAGCAGAAAACGUUUGAAGCAGUGUACGAUGUUGCUGGAGGAAAGCGAGGGUUUGGUUCGAAUGGCUGUUCCCGAGAUGCAUAG